CAACACCAAGGGGGCGCGGCAGGGACCUGGUGGCACCCCUGCCGCAUAACGAAUAAAGAGGAGAAGGCCGCAUAAUGAGGCCUAGGUCCCCCCUCCUAAAGGGGGGACUAAGACGAGCGCGGAAAUAAGCGUGGCGCGGGGGUCAUCCGGAGAUUUGCGUUGAAGUACCCGGAUGGCCCCCCAAAGUGCUGAGGUGGCCACUCCCGGUGGUUUUAGUGAGGUAGGCGCCCCUAUUGCACACUGGCCUCGAGGUGUCAAAUACUCGAGUGUCAGGGGGUGAGUCCCACACACCACCCGUCCCUCUCUCCAGGAGGGACGGGUGACGGUCCAUGAGGAUUUCCACCGGGUCAAAAAAAAAAAAGGUUAUGUUAUGACUAGGCGUCCGGGUCCCGCUACCGAAUAGGCUCGGGGUAUCACCUGCCUGUCGUAAGAGGCGACUAAAGCUGCCUUUUCACCUUGCGUCUGGAAGCCAGAUCCGUUUGGUCGGUUACCCCCACUUCGUUGCAUAUUUCUUUUUUGUUUGAGGGGAAUGGAAGCUGACUUCGAAAGCCAACGCUAAAACCACCGCUCCCUUUUCACCUUGUGUCUGGAAGCCAGAUCCGUUUGGCCGGUUACCCCCACUCCGUGACACGUUUUCGUUUUGAUCACAACUGCAUAUAGUUGUGACUUAUUAUUAGUGCUUGCAUAAAUAAUUGUGUACUGCGCUCUUUUUAAAUAAAGAAUGCGUGUGAAACUAACUAUAAACGGUUCAAACCGUAUAUUAACAUCGACUUUACGUAAUACGUUCGUAAGAAAAGUAAUAUUUGAGAUUAGGAAACGACGAAUGCUCGUGAUGUGUGCAGUUAUAGAAGCAAUGGAAGAAAACAAGAAGAGAAGUUACCAAAAGAAGCGAUACUGGGUUGCACCUUACUUAAAGGAUCGUCCCGAGCAUAGUUUUUACCAUGUGUCCAUUCCAAAACUGAUCGAAGAGGAUGGGGAAACGUUCUACAACUACUUUCGUAUGCCGGUAACACAGUUUGACGAAUUAUUGUCGAUUGUUGGACCACUAUUGGUGAAACAAAGUUUUUUUCGGGACUGCAUAUCACCGAAAGAACGUUUGUCGUUAACAUUGAGGUUUCUUGCCUCCGGUGAUUCAAUGACGUCAAUGUCGUAUCAGUAUCUCGUUGGGGUGACAACAGUGUUCAAUAUUGUUCGAGAAACGUGUGCAACAAUUUGGAAGACUUUGUGUCCUAUUGUAUUACCAUCUGCAUUGUCAGAAGAGGACUAGAUAGUUAUCGCAAGAUUUCGAAGAUCGCUGUUCUUUUACUCACUGCAUCGGUGCCAUCGAUGGCAAACACGUAAUAAUUUAAGUAACUAUCUUUUCUUCUAUUAACUGUGUGACACACCAUAGAAUAUUAUGUACGGGUGUAUUGUACUUUCAACCGCCGAAUAAAUUAAUUGUUCGUUUUAUUUUAGUGUCCCAACAAUGCAGGGUCAACAUACUACAACUAUAAGCAUGCUCAUAGUGUAGUAUUGUUGGCCAUCUGCGAUGCAAACUACAUAUUACGUUUUGUGGAUAUAGGAGCUUAUGGGCGACAAAGUGAUGGAGGUAUUUUCGCCAACAGCUCUAUGGGCAAAAAGUUCAGCACAGACCGGAUGAAUGUGCCGAAAGAAGCAGCUGUUGUAGGAGGACGCAUUCUACUAUAUUGCCUUGUGGGGGAUGAAGCUUUCCCAUUAAAACCAUAUCUGCUUCGUCCGUAUCCGGGAAAGAACGGACUGACGCAGGAGCAGGAUAUAUAUAACUAUAGAUUGAGCCGUGCAAGGAGAAUUAUAGAAAAUACCUUUGGUAUUUUAGCUAGCCAGUGGCGAAUAUAUCGCAAACCAAUUAUUGCUUCUCCAGAUACUGCAAAAUUGAUGGUGCAAGCUACGGUUUGUUUGCAUAAUUGGAUCCGAAAAGGCGAUAUUGGGAAAAAUGUCUACGUUCCCCCAGGUAUGGUUGAUCAAGAUCAUGCUAGUGAUCCAAGCAAUUUCACACCAGGUUCUUGGCGGAGAAUAAUUGAGGAUGGCUGCGCAUUACAAGAUAUAAGUAAUUGCGGAACAAAUACUUCUACUCGGAAUGCUAUACACAUUCGUGAUGAAUUUCGCGAAUACUUCUCCAGUGAAGGAUCGGUGCCGUGGCAAACAAAUCGCCACAAAUAAACCAUUGUUACAUGUACUGCGUUCUUUAUUUUUAUCACAGAUAAUUCGUAGCCUAAUCUAACAAUGUUUCUACUAUUUUUUAUGUUGAAAUAAUAAAACAAUUAUUUAUUGAUUUAUUUAUUAAUUAAUUUAUUUACAGUC